AUGUCAACCGCGCCAUUCGAGGGUCCAUCGUCAGGUUUGAGUUCUUUUCUGCUUUUUUUCAGUUGUUCCAAUUGUUGCUCAACUUUAGGUCCAGACCCUGGUUUUGAGGCAGAAGGCGGCCAGGGGGUCGAAGGGGAAGACUUCGUACCGCCACGAGUGCCUGAAGGCACGUCCACCGCUGAAGUCGUCGACGACGAAGAUCCAAAUCGAGGCUCUGACGAUGAUGACGACGACAGCGAUGAUGAUGAUGACGUCGAUAGCUCUGACGGCUCCUCAGAAGAGUCUGACGUCACGGAAGAAUCCGAGGACGACUUUGAGAACACCUCUGAAGACUCCGAUUCGUCGACCAUUUCUGGAAUUUCCAACCUUUCUUCCAUUUCGAGCCUUUCUGGUUUUUCAGAACUGUGGAGACGCUACGGGCCAGGGUUUGUUCUUUUGUGGAAUUAUUUUCUUUUUAAUUUUUCCUUUCUAGAAGGGUCGGUCGAGAAGUUGAAGAGAUGGAGGUGGAGGUGGAAGAAGAGGUCGCGGAGCCGGAAAACGAAAAUGAAUGGAUUUAUCAAAUCGUUGCGGAAAAUGGCCAUAUCGACUAUGAACAUUUGAUGUAUUUGAGUCAACGGAGAGCCUUGCCGUUCGCUCGAAUUUCUGUGCCACCGACGCCCGAAGGAAGUUAUGUAGAGGACGAAGAGUAUGAGAGGGACCAACAUUUGCCGUUCUACGUCGACGCCUUCAGACGAAACGUUGAGGUAGAUAUUUCGGACGGAGAUGAGAAUGAAGGCGACGACGAAAUGGACUUCGAUGAAGAAGAAGAGGACGAACAGGAGCAGAAGGAGGAACAUGAGGAGCAGGAUGAUGAUGUUCAUGUAAAACAAGAAGACGAGGAAGUGGAAGAAGAACAAGAAGAAGAGCAGGAAGAGAAAGUAGACGAUGAAAGUGAAGAAGAAGCUGUGGAAGAUGAAGACGAAGCUGGUGGAGAUGAAGAAGAAGCCUUGGAAGAAGCAGAGUUCGACGAAGAACAAGAGGAAUUAGUCGAAGAAGAAAAAGAAUUCGAAAUGGAAGGGGAAGAAGAAAUCGAAGAUGAAGAACUUGAAAUGGAAGUAGAAGAAGAAGAAGAAGAAGAAGUUGUAAUGGAAGACGAAGAAGAAGAAGAGGGCGAAGAAGUAAUAGAAGAAGAGAAAGAUCGCAUAGAAGUUAAAAUAGAGGACGUCUCCGAACAGCCAGAAGAAGCUGAAUAUGAAGGUUAUUUUUUUGAUUGUUUAUUUAGAGCACCCAAUUUUGUGGACUAUAUCGCAGCGAGAGUAACGCUAUACCGCGGGGGAGCCGCGAGCGAUCUCGCUCGCCUCCUGCUGCGACCUCGCAAACGUCUUGCGCUAUAUCGCUCUCAGAAAAAUGUUUCUUCAAAAAUUUUUUUUUCUUGAAUUUGAUUGAUUUCAUCAUAAAAGUCAAAAAUAAAGCAAAAAAAAAGGUUUACGAAUUUCAAAUUUUUUUGAGAGGGAGCGAUAUUGCAGCGAGACUUUGACGAGGUCGCAGCGAGAAGCCUUGGCUAUAUCGCGUGCGGCCCGCUGCGAUAUCGGCAAUUAUGUUGGGUGAGGGGAAAGAAAUCUUCGCGAGUGUUUUACGUGUGAUAGGUUGGCGAAUUCAUUUCUCCCUGAGAAAACAAACUUCAAAACAGCCCAUAAGGAAAAAAGACGCUUGAAAAGCCUGUUUUAUCUGUUUUUUACCGUAGGAAACUAUUGGAAAGUUUUGUCAAGUAUUUUUGGGGAGAAAAAACAUUAAAAUCUGUUCGUUAUCUGAUAGUAAAACAAUAAUAUUUCCCACAUACUUUCAAUGUCUCCAAAAAGUUUUUGAGUAUUAAACACAGACGAAUGGACAAAGAAAGUUGCAGAAAUGGCGGAAGAGGACGCCGGAUCUUCUUCGACUGGAUUCGAAGAACUUCACGAGGAACGUCCCUUUGACAGUGCGACAAGCUCUUCCGACGACGAAAACGUCGGUCAGCCUCAACAUCGGAUACGAACCUUCCUUCCCUUCUUUCGACGGCAUUUCCUCGGGUAUCCUUCGUUCGAAUCGUCAUUUUAUGCGAAGUAUUUCAGAAGAAACGGUGAACAGAUGAAUAUAAUAAACUCUGUGCAAGAAGAUAUUGGAAAUCGGAUACUUCAUAUGACCACAGCUUCGUUGGUUUUUUUUAAAAUUUUCUUUUUGUUUCGAAUCUAAUUUGAAAAAAGAACUUUUGGGUUUAUAUUCUGCCGUGGUUUAAAACGCUUCCUUCGUCGCUAGCUUGUAAACAUUGCACAGAAAAACUUAUUUUUUUGCGCUUUUUUUUUGGUGUUAAUUGUUUCUAACACCCUUGGAUGUCUUGAGCCAGUCGUAGACAAUUUAGGGGAACGCGUUCUUCAAAUUUCAAUUUCUAUGAGGUUUGAAACAUUUUCGAUGGUCAUUUUGUUUAACUUACUCCUUUUCUAAUUAUUUUUGUAUCGUACUCGCUGAUAUUCACUAUAAUAUGUUUUUCGAUUUCUCCUUUUUCAAUCGUUUUUUUAGAAUUACUUUUUAGUUUCAACUAAAAAAGAAAAAAAAAUGUUAAAACGUCGACUUGGCAUUGUUUUCUUUUUUUCUUUUUUCUUUCUUUUCAGCAUAAUAUACUUAGUUGAAAAAAAUGCAAAAUUUACUUAAAACAAAUAUCAUUCUGGAAGAAGUUUGUGUUAUGGAAAAAUAUAUUUUUCCCGAUUUUCGCACAUUAAACUGAAUUUUUUCUUUUGAAAGGAUUUUUUCAGGGGUUCUGAACUUCGGAUAGCACCUAAUGAGGAGUCCGCCUCGACAUCGGAUCAAGGGGCUGACGCAGACGCAGAGACGCUUGAAGGAGAAGAAGAAGUUCAUCCGCUGGUCUCCUACUGCUUCCGACAGGCGAUGAGGGCCAGGGGAAUUCCAUUGGAUCGCAAACGAAAAGUGGUCGAACCGGAAAUCGUGGUGAAGAGCGAGCCGAUGGACGAUUACGAGGAUGAUGGACCGUGCUCUUCUCGGCAGAAUCCGAGAUCUUCCCAUCAAAAGCCGUCCACCUCUCGACCAUUUUUCAACAACUACGUCAACGGCCGAAGAGACACGGCUUCUUCAUCAAAACCUUCCGCCGCCAAGGAAAUUGCCAAUAAACGCAGAGCAACCGUUGUCGAUGCCGUUAAGAAGUUCUGCGGCCAGGUACCUUAACUUUUAAAUAGUCAUAAGUGAUGGAAGAAAAUAAUUUUAUUCACUUGAGUGCUCCAAUUUAAUCAUCUUUCAUUUUUAUUUUUUUCUAAAUUGAAGAAAAUUAACAAUAUAUUGUCUUUUCAAAAUUUCUAUUACGUUAGCAUAUUUUGGUUCUCCGUUUAUGAGAAGGGGAAAGUUUUCAGAUCUCUCAUCAUCUUAACACUCUGGAAGCGACUUCGAGUGUCCAGUUCUUUGAAGCGAAUCUCAUGACCGAUGAGUGCGACUUGGAGAUCACCUUGGCUUCGGGACUUCCGCUUUUCGAAGAUCCGGUCCCCGAACCAGUACAAGUUGCCGCGCCAGCUCCGCCUCCGCGUACUGUUUUUUUACGAAAUUUAUUUCUUUUUCGAAAUCUAAAUCGCAAAAAAAUCGGCUCUGUCAGUAGUAAAUUAUUACAUUAAACCCUCUAGAAAGUUGAAAUUGCAAGUAUAAAACCUCAAAUUUUUUUUGUUCAAAAUGGAGUUCAUUUCAAAUAUAUUCCGGUAAUUUUGAGCUAGAGUCGAUCGGAAAACCAAUAAAUCAUUUAUUGUAAUGAAAUUCGUCCAGUGAACCUAGUACCACUGUGAACUCACUUCAUUAUAAAUUAAUGAAAAAAAAUAAAUUUUUGAAUAGAAGUGCAACUAUUUUUUUGAUUUGUUUUUUUGUUGUGUUAUAUUCUAUUUUUCUGUAUUGUUUAUAUCUUUAAAAGUCAUCAGAGAAUCUGAUUUGCAGCCGAAAAACCGAAAAGGAGGAGCGGUCGAUUGGCUGCGAACGCUGCUGGAUCCUCACGACAAGAACCUCGCAAGCCCGUCAGAGCGGAUUCUGAAGAUGACGACGACGACGUCGCGGGUCCUUCUGUCAAGUCGCCGUCUCCUGUCGUUCCACCCCUCAAACCUGAAGUGAAGGUCAACGGCGUUCUCGAGAGUCGGAAGGACGAAGCAGGGCCUGCUAAAUUCACCAAGCCAGCCACUCCCGCUGUGAGGAACUCACCGGCGCCUGUAGGGCGACAAACGCCGAAUGGAUCGACUCCCAACACGUCUGCUUCGCCCAUGACAGUGACUGUGAUGACGAGGUCGGCACGCGAUAGAAGUGACCUCAACCAACAGCCGUCGACGUCUUCUUCGACUCCUGCAGUUCCGACGAGGUCGUUGAAGAGGGACGUUCGGGAGAAAGAGAAGGAAAAGGAGAAAAAACACGAGGAGGACGCUGAGGAUUCGGUUCGUUUCCAAGUACGGAUGUCGAUGAACGAGGGUUUCAGAACGGAGAGGAGCCGCCGGUCAAACGUCAAAGGCGGAGUGUCAAUCAAACUCCUGUCGUGGAAAAGGCCAAGCCGAAAAAAGUGAGAGUUUUCUUGUUCUUUUUUUUUUUGAUAAAUACGUUUUUUCAGGAAGUCUCGGUGAAAAAGAGGCAGAGUGCUCGUGUGGCCAAGAACGUCAAGGCCAAGGCGGAGGAUGAGCCAACCUACUGCUUCUGCAACCGGGUCAGUUGGAAAUUCAUGGAAAGAACCGAAGAUUCAAGCUACUGUAGGCAUUUAUGCGAUAACUGUCAAAAAUGCUUUUUUCUUCAUUUUUUUUAACUUGUCAAACUUUACAGUCAUUUUUACCGUUCACAAUGAAAUUUUCCAUAAGUUUCAUUUAAAAAAACUCUUUUAUAGACCGGGAAUCGAUCCCGCAUAGUCGCUAUCUGCCCGAACUUUACGUUUUGGAGAUAUGAAUUUUUGAAGUUUUUAUCGGUUAAAAUGUGAUCUUGUGGUGAAAUGAUGUUACCGCACCGACAGCCACCGAAUGGCAACUGGGAGCAUGCAGAAUCGACUCCUACUCCUUCAAAGAGUGUUUGAUCAAAAUCAAAAUUACAGAAAACUACAGUAGGAUCGGUAAAAUAACUUGCCAUGUUAGUAUAUCAGCAAGCAGAGAAAUCACAUGCGAGAGACUUUUCAAAUUUUUCUGCGUUACAAAAGAGAUGAGAUGAAAUGAAGCAUUCAUUUUUUUGUUCUAUCAAUUGAAAACAAUUUGUUUCACCUGCAUUAUCCGGUUUAUCUCAAUGGCGGGUUGCAGAUAUCCUUCGGCGAGAUGGUCGGAUGCGAUAACGAAAAGUGCGAGUUCGAGUGGUUCCACUUCGAAUGCAUCGGACUGACUUCGAAGCCAAAGGGCAAGUGGUUCUGUCCGGACUGCCGUCACCCGGACAAUCCCAAGCUGCCCAAGCCUCUCGUCGCCGGAAACGGCCUUUCCAACGGAGGCCGCAGUCACAAGAACGACGACAAAGACAGCGAUUCGUAG